AUGCAUCGCUACUCACUUCAAAAGGUAGGCAAUGAGUAUGUAUAUACUCGCAUUUUCGAAGAGUGGGAAGACUCGGACCAUGAGGAUGGUGGCGAUGAUGAAGAAUUUGUCGUUAAUCAAGAAAUCGCUCAAUUGAUUGCCUGGAUAGACGAAUUUGAGAAGUCUUUGCCCACCAUCGAAGAAGUGCACGCCAGACACCACAAACUGGUCGGCAAGCACAUAACGGAUAACAGCUCUCUUAGCAAUGAAACCCAGCGUUUCUGGCUACACAGGCUAUUGGAUGGCACAGCUCCUUUCCUUCUUGGCUUGCCUGAAGAAGAUUGGAAGUCUCGAACACUCAUGAACCAUGAAGUAUGCAUGAUGAAAUUGGAGGAGUACAUUACAAACAAGCCACAUUGGUGGGAGAAAGUCUUGAAUGCUGAUAUUGUCUCCAAAUGGAAGCAAGAAGCGUUGCAAAUGCCAUGGGCAAGCUAUCAGCACAACGGUGAUUUUACGAGCAAAAUGGCAGACGUGUGCUUCAAGGAUCUUGCAAUGAAGGCUGGAAUUUACGAACAAACGAAGCUAAUACCGGUGAUGGAAUCUUCCGCUUGUGCCAUCAAGUCUGACGCGCUUCUCUCCAACGACUUAAUGCAGAGGCUCAGGGCUGCGGCCGCAUUACUUGAAGACGUUCCUGAGUCCCAACGAGACUGGCAUCUGGGAAGCGACGAGAAGGUUCUGGACCUUGUUCAUCCCUCACUCUGGCCUGAUAAGAGAGCUCUGUCGCUACGAUAUCAAUGGCUUCCAUUCGAUGAAAAUUUGACAGGUGGUCGACCACAAAUCAAGAGCUACAUCAACAAUCGUCACCCUGUCCAGUACAAAUCCGUAUAUUCUCUUGUCGAAGAGCUCAUUGCGAAAUCCCUUCCAGCUUGGGAUACAAUAUGCCGCUCAGCUCGCAAGGAGUUUGGAUUCAAGAGAUUCGGUACCGUUCACGAAGUCAAGUGGACGUGCAACGUGCCCGAGAUUUGUGCGAAGGUGCAUGGCUUCUAUCCGAGUAGCAGAUUGUUCGUACAAGGAGAGGAUUACGACAGUGGUUCGGAGACUAGUUCUGUAUUUGAAGAGGGCGAACGGCUGAACAGGGAAUGGUGA